CACGCGUCACCGGGAGCAGCGCUCCGUGUGAAUGUUACGAAAGAAGAUUGAUUUUAGUGUUUUAAAGAUAUUUUAAAUUUUAGUUAGUGUUAAAAUAUGUGUGUGAUUGCAAAUGUGCAUUAACAAGAAAAAGUUCAGUCGACGAUAGCUGCGGUAAUAGCCUUGGGAGAAAGACCGGUGCAAACAGCGCAGUCAUGGACGAAGGUAUGGAAGUAACACUACUAGACGAUGACGAAGAAAAGUCGAACCCACAAAAUGAUCAAAACUCUACCGAUGCCGGUGUGGUGUACGAAGAUAAUUUCGAAGCUGCGUCACUCGAACUGACCACAGAACUAGACCAAAAUGAAACUGAACAGGAUAGAGAGGAUAGAGAAGAAGAGGAAGAAAUGGCAGAGAUCACGAAAACAACCAAAAAACAAAAAGGCACUGGACUUGACAAGUUUAAGAGGAGACUGAUUCGGGCCAUCGCGCAUUUGUUGCGCAAUGAUCAGAUACCGACUGACGAAAUCUGGGAAGACUUGACGAAACAAAGUGGCUGCGAUUGUAAAUUGCUUUGGAAUCGGAUGCGUACGUUGACAAUGAAGAAGCUGCGGAGAUUGUUUACGGCCGAGGACAAGAUUGCCAAUAUCACCCAGAUCGCGCAGCUCACCGUGACUGACUGGCUGCUGUUCGAUCUCGUGCUAGUGCAUGAGAAAUUAGACGUUAUCGGCCAGGAACUACAAGACCCAGACGCUGAGGAAUCGCCAAAGAUACUGGAGGAUUUGUUCGCUACAGUAGUCGUCUUCGACCUGGAGCGUCUGCAAGGCGACGAGCUGACAAAAGCCUGGUUCGAAGCCACCACGUCCUAUAAUGGCACAGAGAGGCAAUGCUCGCCGAUGCUUCUGCAGCGUCGCUGGUACCAGCUGAAGGAGACGGUGCGCGAAAAGUUUUACCAGUUCUGGUUCAUGUACAGAGGCAGCCAGCGCCAGCUGCCCGCGGCCAACGAGUUCAAACCAACCAGCCUGGAGAUGGAGAUAGUUAAAAUAUUCAAGUACAUUGCGACUCAACCUUUUCCAACGUGGGAGGAAUUAAUUCAACAAAAGAAGGUGGCACUGCCCGAGGAUUUUGAACGUCUGCAGCUGGCUAAAAGACGUAUUUUUCGGACGGAAACUGGGCCUGAUCUUGAAGUUAUCGAACCACAAGUUGAAACAAUCGAUUUGGAUCAAGAGAUCGAUUCUGAAGAGUCUAGAGAUUCUACCUCGACACAGACGCCAAAGGCAAAUAUCAAUUUAGGCAAAGUGAAAAUUGAAAAAGUAGAUGAAAUAUCAGAUGACGAUGAUGAUGUGUGUGUAUUGGAAUCUGUAUUACCUUUAGAAACAAAUACGAAUGUAGAAACUGAAACUAAUUUAAGGAAUAUUAAUGAAGAACGCAGGUCUACUGACAUUAAUAAUGAAGAAGACAUUUCUAUUGUGAAUGACAAUCACAGUUCGAACGAUUCCAUACAGCUUAAUAGAGUUACGACAGAUAUAAAUGAAAACUUAGAUUUAAACACGCAAAGUGUUGACACUACCGAAUUUCAAGAUGAUACAGGUGGCAUUGUUGACUCUCGAGAGCAUGUUGAAAUGCUCAUGCCAACAAUAGUAGCAAGCACUUCAAUAGCAAAUAUGUCCAAUGAGUUUGAUAUAGCAAUGCCUAAAAUAUUAAACGUAUCAAGCGCUGCGAGUCUUACUGCCGAACCACUAGACAACGCUCUCAAUAAUGAGAUUAAUGGGAUAUUGGAGAGCGUCGCUGACAAUAUGUCAACGAAGAAUUCUUUCAACGUACCACAACGUACAGACAAAACAUUACCCACGCUAGAUAACAUACAGAAUCCGGAUGAAUUAGUGAAAAAUAUUAUAGAUGAGGAAAUAAGUUCUAGGGGAAAAGAGAUUGAAAUCGAAGAUGAGAAAGGCUUAGAUUCUUUCAAUGAAGUUUCAACUCAUAUUAAUAUAUUCGACGGUAUUGAAUUAGAAGAUGAUGGGAUCGAGUACGUUGAAGAGGAAGAUCUCAUGAAAGAAAUAAAGCCUAAAGUGGAAAUAAAAACUGAAAAAACUGGCGACAAUGAGUGUGUUAGUACGCCGACAAUUGAUUUAAAGCUUCUGCUAACUCCGAUUGUGUACACAAAAAAACUCGAUGACAUGGAUGUUUUUCGGUUUAUUGAAUAUAAUGCGGUAAAAGACAAACGGGUGAUCGAAAAUGCUGAUAAUGAAAGUAAGCCAUUUGAUAGAAAUUCUGUCAAAAUGGAAGAGAUAUCUCAAGAGCGUCCACCAACACCUGAUAGUGAUGCAUUCAGUGACAGUGCAUCAGAAUAUCACUCAGAAGUCGAUUCAGGCCCAGAGACUAUCAGUCCUUCAAGCUGGUUACUGAACAAACUUCCAAAAUUAUCCUACAAUCCUAUACAGUUAUGCAAGAAUCCUGACUUUAAUACGAGAUUAAAAAGACUAUCAGCUGGAUUUUUCAGUUCUGAACGAAAUAGGCGCCAAUUAAAAGAAUGCAAGCCUCUAACGAUUGAUCUUCACAAAUCUUUCGAGACUAAACUCGUUAAUAAUACUUUAUAUUUAACUGGAACGAAAUCGGUAGAAAAUAAAACACAUGGACUAGAAGAAAACGCCAUAGCAACAAAAGUGUGUCCUACAACCUUACCGUUACAAAAUUUAGUGGAUAACGUUAUAAAAGAUAUUCUAGGCCCUAAUGUUAGGAAUGAAGACUGUGAAGAAAACCAAAACACAGAAAAGUUAGUGCCGCAGGAUGAUAUUCUGGGCCCAGCCACACAUUUAGACUCUUCUUUAGCGAAGCAUUUUGCAGCUUCAGUAGAUAAUCAUUCAGGUGAAAGAAAUAAAGUGAUAAAUUUGCCAGAUAUAGCUCAAAUUCGUCGUCUAAAUGAAAAAUUGCUUACUGCAGAAGUGUCCCCUAUACAAGUUUCAAAUAUUACUAAGGCACCCGUGAACAUUGUUUCAGUACAACAACGCUUAGACAUUGCUUCACCAAACAAUAAAAUACUCCAAAAUAAUAAUGACUUAAUUAAUAAAAACAUAGCAUCAACGGCGCCAUCCACAGUGAGUGAUAUAAAUUGUGAAACAUCGAGUAUUUUAAACAAAAUUAAUUUUGCUUCCGAUGCCAGCUGUCAGGGUGAUCAUAUAAGUUAUACCACACAUAAAACGAUGUCAUUAGAAUCAAAUAAUAACUUUAACAUGUCUAAAGAAAGUUCACUUAAACGAUUUAAUAAUCAACAACACAAAGUUGUUAAGGAACCCAAAAAACCAGUGCGUGUAAAUCGUGUUGAAGUAUCAUGGAAUCCACCUCCUAAAAAAUGUAUUAUUCCUCAAGAUCGACUUUUAACAUCUGAUACUGUUGAUAAAAUAUUAAAUAUCUGUAAAGGAGACUAUAGUUGGAUAAAAAAAUCGAAGGCGUAUAAAAAGGCAAUGAGGAAAAAGUCCUUGAAGGACCUAAAACAGAAAGAAAAAAGCUCUAUUUUAAAUAAAGAAAUAAAUCAAUGUAACAAUGAAGUGAAAAUGAAUGAAGCGGCUGAGAUUACGAUUGACAGUGAAGUGAUGUUUGUAAGUGCCGCUGUAGCACCUACUGAAAACCUAAAUAAAAAUACUGAUCUCAAUACUGUACCAAAUCAGACGACAAAUGAAAUAAACAAGAAAACCCAAGGUAAUACCAUGAAAAGAGUAAGAAGAGAGAAUAUAGAUAAAAAACGCUUAGGAAAACCCAAAUAUUGUUGUUGGGCACGAGAAAAAGUAAUGAAACUAGGCACACAAAAGAAAUAUUUACAAAAACAUAAAUGUCCACGUCCUUUGUGUACUUGCUGUUGUAGGCAAGAGCUUAUUGACAAAAUGUUUGAAGAUAAUAUAAAAAGAGAUAUAUUGAAAAGACGAAAAGCCCAGGCUGAAACAGACAAAACCACAAAGUUGAUAAAAAUUAGUGUUUCCAGUCAACGACAACUUUAUGAAAACUUAACACAAAUGCCACAAAGUGCAAAAGGUAACUCUACGGGAAAACUGUCGAAAGUUUCAAUUGGUGUAAACACUGAUUUUGAUGCUGAAUUUGAGACUAGUUUUGCGGCUAAUUUGGCAGAAUUCAACACAAGCUCCAAAUUUUUUGAUAACGAAAAUCCUUCAGUAUCAACACUAAAAGUAACAUAUGGACCUGAUGACACUCAAGCUAAUGGUCAAACUCAGACGUCUGUUAAUUUAAUGGUUUUAGAUAAAAAUAACAAAACACAAAUAUUCCCUGGAAAUAAUUCACAAAAUGCUUCAACUUUCUCAUUCAAUGAAAGUAAUUCAUGCAAUGAAAUUCCAAAGACCAAUCGAACAAUUCUAGAAAAAAGAAAUUCAAAUUUCUCAAUCAAGGAAAGUAAUUCAUGCAAUGAAAUUUCAAAGACCAAUCGAGUAAUUCUAGAAAAAAGAAAUUCAAAUUUCUCAUUCAAGGAAAGUAAUUCACCUAAUUUGAAUCCCGUAAAAAUUCGUAUGGUUUCAGAUAUAAAUGAUUCAGCUGUCACACUUCAAAAAACUAAACCAAUAAAAAUUUCGAAUUUGAAGCCUAUAGUUUUAGAUAAAAAUAAUUUAAAUUUUCCGUUUAAAGAAAGUAAUUUAAGUGCUGUAAUUUCAAAUAAAAAGAGUCCAAUAUCUUCAAUCAGAGAAUGGUCAGAUGCACGUAGUAAGGCCAUUACGAAGCAAAGUGAGCUAAAUUCUUUGCUUUUAGAUAAAUAUUAUCCUAAAAUCGCUCCUAAAACGCGUAUAUCUCACGUUCCUGGUCUUGCUCCAUUAAGUGUUGAUGAUAAAAAAGACGAACCGUCAGACAAAGUUGUAUUUUUAUCAAACAAUAGAUGGAAUAACUCUUAUUCUCGAACGCCUAUAUGCUUAGGAAAAAAUAAAAUAUUACUGUGCUCCUUUGAAAACCCCCAAUCGAAAAAUCAACCUAAACUGGAUAGCAAUCCAGUCACCAAUCUGAGUCAGUCGGUAAAUCAGAGUACAACAUGUCAAAGUACCCCACCGGAAGUGGCAUUACCAGAUGGAGUACGAAUUAUUCUCUUGCCUAAUAAAGAAUUAGCUCUUUCUAUUGACCCUGGAAUUGAGCUAGACUCCAGUCAAUUAGCAUAUUUGCCCACUCUCAUGGCGUCCAUUCAGAAGCAACUUACUGCCGCAGAUGUAGUCGACAACAUCACAACCUCUUCCAUAGAUGAAUUAAAAAAUAAAACUGAUUCGCUUGAUCAAAAUAAUAUUACCUUAGAGAAUCGUAAUGAAUCUGAUAUGAAAUCAAGUGAUGAAAAAAUUCAGAAGGAAAGUUUAACGGAAGUAAAUUCAUUAUCUUGUCCUGAACAAAUGAUAGAUCAUUCUGAUGUUAUGGAAGUAGAUAUUAAUAAAACUAAAGAACAGGGUUGUGAUAAUAAGGAAGAGAAUAAUAGUGUGCUUGAAAAAAGCAAUGGUAGCGUAGUUGAUUUGAAAGAUGACUCUGACUUGAACAAGAAAACAAUAUUGUCAGAUUUGAUGCAAAUGUCUGGUAUUUCGGCGGAAGAUACUCAUCACCUCACAAAUCAUGAAAGUCCCACCAAGCAACAGCCAGUAUUAUGGUCAUCACCUAUAACACAAGGAUUGCAAUCGCAAAUCGCUAAUCAACAUAAUGAAAAGUUUAUAAACAAUCCUCUAUUUAAUAAUCCUGUUGUAAAAGCUGCUUUAAGUAGAUGCCCAGAGUUGUGCAUAGUUUUCUCGUAUACGGAGCUGAGAUAUGCUGCAGAGAAUAACGCACGGUUCUUUAAAAUGGAUAUUGAAUCUGGUAUAGUAAUGCCUAUUAAUUUAGUAAUUAAAAAACAAACGCAAGGGGAAAAAUCGAAUAAGCAAUUUACAAUCUCAAAGUCGGUAAUAGAUUUAACUGAUGACCCUGAAGAAGAGGAAACGAUAAGUAUCGAGGAGCAAAAUGCUAAAACAAUGGAACCUGAGCCAACAGCGGAAAAAGUAAAAGGCCGUGCUGUACCAGUGAAGUUAUUCUCUGUCCAUCCUCCUAUAUUACAACGUGGUAAAAGUUUGUUGGUACAAUCGGUCAAGUCUAAUAUCGAUUCUACAUCAAACAUAAAAAAGCGAAAGAUGAUUCGAAUAAUCAAAGUUAAACGUAAAAGAAAAGAACCACUGGAAUGUAUAGAUUUAGAUUCAGAUACUGAGCAAAAAGAAAGUCCUUCAAUAGUUGCCAAUUCGGAAGUGAUUCCGGAAAAGACAAAAUCAGGUGACGAUUCCGAUUCUGACGAUGAACCGUUGGCGUUUAAAGCGAAACGGAUGAAAGACUCAACCGAAUGCAAUGAACCUAACGAAGUAUUGAGCCGAAACACUGACGGCCUAGCAGAAAAUCUUGAAGAUAACAACCAAAGUACAGAAAUGAUCAGUGAGUUUACAGAAAUAGUAGAUGAAAACCCGAUUGACGAUACUCCUUGCAAUAUAACCGAAGAAGCCUGUGACGAUCAGACGCCCCGAUUAGAGCCAGUAGUUUUCGAACCAGUAGAUUUCGGCAAUGAUAUGCCCGAGUCAUCAGAUGAAGACUGUAUCCUAGGUGUUUAAUGAUAAUGAUCGCCUUUUCAAAAUCAAACGGUUUCCGUGCCUACAGCAAUCAGCAUAAAUACGGUAGUACAAUUUUAACGGUUUGUUUAUUUUUAUUUGUGGACGCUUUGUACCUAUAAUACCUACCGCUAUUAGGAAACCCGAGCAACAGACAUUGACCUAUUUUUAAGUAAAGAUCUAUAUAUUGGAUAAUAUGAGUAACUUAUUUUUUAUUACUAGACCGAAUUUUGUUACCUACUACUUAAAAUUGUUCAUAAAAUAAGUAGUAAACUGUAAGUAACUCUGUUCAAAUGCAAAUAGCGUUACCUACUGCAAUUAACAUUUGGACGGAAAAAUAUCCACGUAGAUAAGUAUUUCCUUAGUAAGUUUUGUGUGUAAUUAUGUAAGUGGAAAAUCCCUUGUGGAAACUGUGAUAUUAAUAAUAACUACUAUUACAUUUAAGUAGACAUUAGUUUAUGUGUAAAAAGGUACAUUUACCCUUAAAUUUAUUGAUGCCAUUCUCUUUACUAAUACCAUUCUCUUAUACAGGGUGUAAUUAGAACGCUAGCGAAAAUUUAGCUCAAUUAAUAUACUACCCAAACACAAUCACGUGCCAAUAACCAUUUCCUUAUGCUCGUUAGUAUAAGUGAUUUAGUAUUUUUCAAACCCGCGAUGUAUAGCUUUUAAAACUCGGCAAAACCCUGCGGCACCUACCUACGCAACAUUCGUUGACCUCAGUGAAAUGUUUUAUUUGCAAUACAUUUAAAGCUCCUCAGUAGAAUGUUUUAUUUGCAAUACAUUUAAACUUUUAUAAAUACCUAAGUACAGGAUUUUUAAAAACGCGCUUUUUUGUGGUAUCAUAUCAGUAUAUCACCUAUCUUCGUUUUUGCUAGCGUUCCUUAAUCGUAGUUCCAAUUUCAUUUGAAUACUAAGCAACCAAAGUCCAUGAAAUUUUGCAGACAUAGUCUAGAAACUAAUAUCUG